CGCAAAUACUUUGUAUGAUUUUAUCGGAGCACCAAGUGACGUUUAUGGGUUAUACCUGAGUUAGAUAGAGCACCAGACUUCACGGUGCUAUAUCUAAACCAGCAACCCAAGUACUGAUCAAGGAACUUCAACAAUCAUUUCACAGCAAAUUUGCAAGUCUUGACCGUCUGCAGUCUACAUCGACCAUCUCUAAAAUUUGUAGUUUAUUCCUCUCGGCAUGGUUUGGCUUUACAAAACUCGUUAUUUUAAUUCUCAAAAAAAAAAACUCGUUAUUUUACUAAAAAGUAGAAACAACGGGAGCAGUUGUCGGUAACCUAAAUAUAGAUAUUUAUUUGUUUAUUAUCAUUUAACCUACUUUUGCCCUGAAAAAGUAAAGGAUAUCCCGUCGCUCCUUCUAUGGUCAUAAUUUACGAUCCUUCCCUCUUCAUUACAAAAGCGUUCAAAUAAUUGGAGUGUACUACUAUUUGAAUACACAGAUUCUUUUUCUCGAAAACUAACAGAAAAUUAUUUAAUAAAAAUAGUGUAGUCGAUUAAUUCACUGUCGUGGACCCAUUGUCUCUUUUUAUUUUUUAUAUGGUUUUGGCUAUUAAUAUUCGCAAAAACAAUAUGGUCGCGUAUCGUGAUCAACAAACAUAGUCGAAAUAAUACAGUUUGAUAACAGUCUACUACGUCAGACAAAUAGCUUGACCCAGUGGGACAAGUACAUCAAAUCGGCCCAUAUAAUUCCUGGGCCUUAAAAUGAUUUAAUUUCAGUGAUUAACUUGAAAAUCAAUUCACGAGAAGUUUAAUCAAGGAUGUAACACAAGAAUAUUUUUCGACAUUCAUUAGGGUGUUAUUGUGUGUUCAGGAUGAAUAUUUAGAUCCCUUCUCCAUGGACGAAUACACCAGCGAAUCUUCUUCUCCAAUCACUCGGUUUCCUGUACCUAUGUUUUUGCCUAUGUAAGAAGAAUCUCUCAGAUUGAAAUUUCUGAUUUUAGGGGACGAGAUCAUGCGGUUUUGAUCUUAUGGAUACUGCUAAACGUAUCUUUGAGGAGCAAAGAAGACGGUCGGUCGAUGCUCUUUUUUGUAGAUUUUGUAUAUUUGUAAUCUUUCAUGUGUUCUUGAUUAUAUAUACUUUUGAUCUUAAUUAGGGUUAAGAUUUCCGUGGAGGGAUUCGUUACUUCGAUGAUUCCUGCAGUUGAUAUCGGGAAUGGGUUGACGAGUCAUUUCAGUUCAUGUGGACGAAUCUGUAAUCUUGACAUUCCCAGAGACCCUAUAACAAAUGUUGUCAACAGCAAAUGUUCCUUUUUCCAACUCUGCGGAGGAGAAGGCGGAAGAGAAGGCCUUGGCACUUGAUGGAACUGACAUGGGAGGGUGGAAUGUAACGGUUAAGGUGUUACCUCACGAUGAUCUUGAGUUUACCACCGAUCAGUUGGCUGCUAUGAGCAUUUCACACUUUAAGAAAACCAGGAGCGAAGGCGUUUCCGUUAGAGGAUAUGACAAUUCCCUUCCUUCGAAUGAUAUCAAGAGCGCUUUGACUAAGCAUUUCGCUUCAUGUGGAGAGAUAACUGAUGUUUUUGUUCUCAAAAGACGGGCUGUUAUUUACUUUUUCGGAUGGCAUGCAAUAAGUAAGGCGGUUGAACUCAGUGGAAGUAGCGUGGGAGGAUGUGAACUAGUUGUUAAGGCUUUGCCAGUACCUAAAAGAAACCUCGGCCCACCUCCUCCACCUAGUCUUCCUUUUUGGCUAUACUAUAACAGGUACAUUACAUAAAAUUUUGUUUUUGACUAUUACUGUCCCAAGUAAAACUACUUCUCAUGAGUUGGUUGGUGGUUUAUUUUUAGCUGAAUGUGUUUACCGUAGUUAGUAUCUAAUUCGGUUUGAUCAUAGGUGACAUAUUAGCUAUAUACACAGAUUCUUAUACGCCAGCAUCAAAUCUUACCGCAGUUUCAUGACUGUAUGUUUCCACCACAAUAAUUGGUGGUAAAGAGUUUCAAAUGAUGAUGUAGGCUUCUUGUAGAGCCAUGGCGAUAUUGACGGGGAUAGUGGGACCUAAACAUAGGUGACUCGGAACCGUUUAACAAAAGAUUAAUCGUGAUGUUUUAAUCUUUACUCUUAAACACAAUCAUACCUAUUCACAAAGACAUAAACUAAUGGGUAUUCUGGGUUUUAAGCAAACAUAAUUAAGUAACUUUUUGUUGUUGUUGAAACAAACGAUAAUAUAUACUAGAACGAUCCAAAUAAGAUGUUAGAUGUUGCCGUAAAUUUGCCGGUCAAAGCUCCCCAUGUAAGAUGUAUCAUGUACCCCCCACGCACUUCAACAACCAUCACUAGUCAAACCCAACA